UGAAAACAUCGCUUUGGAUUGUGUCGUUAAACUUCUAGAAAUGCACAAAACGGCGACAAUUUUGCUGAUGGUCACAUAUGUGUCGUGAAUAAUAUUUUGGGACGAUGAAGAGAGCAGCAGCUGGUGAUCAGAAACCACCUUUGGCACCAAAACCAAAGGUUCUCCCAGCACCGAAGCAAACAGAGCAUCCAGCUGCUUCAAAGCUGUGUGUUUACCAGCCUUCCUCAACGGCUGUUAAAUGCAAAGUUAAGCCUGAUGUGGCACCAAAGCCAUGUCUCUCCAAACUUCCCCCUUCCGCUUUCAAUUCAAAGCACCUCACAUCCAAGGUUGGCCAUCAAGCUGUUUUACAACAAAAGUCUGACAUCACAAAGACCAUUGGUGCUUUAAAUUUCAGAAAUGAAGCGCACACUGGGAAUAACAAGCCGGAGUGGGAUUACAUCAUUCCCAUCUGUGUAUGCAAUGACCGAAACUGUGCCGAUUGCUCACCAAAGGAAAACAACCAAAAUGUUCGUCAACAAAGUCCUGAUAAGUAUAAGGCAGGCAAAACCGAAGGACCCAGAAAGAACCCAUCCAAACCUCCGCUGAGAACUCCAGAAGAACAGAAGGAUUUAGUGACACCUACUUCAUCGAAGUGCAUCUCUGAACACAGUUCAUCCAAUAGUAAUCAUUUCCAUCCAACUGAAAAACCUCGGAAAACAUCCCAGAACACAGAGCCACUUAAGGCACAUCAGAGUGGUUCUGAGAUGCAAACGACCAGGAAACACCAAAACAACAUUGUUUCUAGUGUUAAUUCAUCUGUUGAUGGUGAUCCAGAACCUCUAGAAUGUCAGCAAGCACUAAAUAGUGUGCAGUAUUGUCCGUUCCCUACUAAGCCACCUGUGAAAGCACCACCAGCAGCCAUGCAGCACAAAACUAAGAAGAAACAAUCCAGCAUUGUCCUUCAGGAGUCAACAGACCUUACCAAAACAGAGCUUACCGUCUUACCUGUUGAUGUAAACAAUCCAGAUCCGUUACGGAGAGAAAGUCCUAAUAACGUGAACAUCAAUGCUGCAAGACGUUAUAGAGAGAACAAAGAUGCUCAGGCCGCAAGGGGUGCUAAAGGUACCCAGGGCAUCAGCCAGGGCGCUCCAACACCUGCCCCAUGCCAGAAGAUCCCUCAGAUGCAACAAAAUAAAACCCAGGAUGUUGGUGUACAGGCAACUGAAAAGAAAGUGCAAAAUCUGGAUGCAAUCCCUGAGGUCGUUGAGAUUUCGGUGUCAAGCGGUAAACAUCUGAAGAAGAAGACCCAAAAACCUCAAGCUGAUGGCCGCAGGCAUGAUAACAUUGGGGCUACAGAACUUUCAGUAGAUAGACUCCCUAAAAAGAAACCAGCGUCCAAAUCUCCACUGAGAAACGAUGGAAAAAAUGCUGAAGGACAUCCUCCUCUUGCAGUUGAGAAGAAGCAAGCAAGUGAUGUGCUAAACAAGAAGAGACUCAAGCCGAAAUCCAAGUCCUUAUCGUCAGCAGACAUCCUUAAACCCGAUGGCCUCAAGAAGACCUCCUUUCUUUGGAUCAUGGACUUUGACCGUGUCAAAAAGGUGCCCAAGGUAUCCGUCAAGAGUGGACAGGCCGACGAUCUCACUCCGGUUAUGAACGAGCAGCCAGUGGACACGGAGGAAAGCCAGCGCAAAAUCUGCUCUCAGAAACCGAUGCCACUGCACAAUGGACAUCCAGAUGCACUGAAACUGAGGCAAGCAGUGAAUGGGAACAUAUUAGGAGUUGAGCAGCAUGUAGAUGAAGAUCUAGACAAUGUUGGUGAAUCUGAACAUGCAUAUGAAGAUAUCACAGAAUGCGAAAACCUGCCUCCUUUUAGCACUGCAACAGCACAAAAUGCAAAUAAAUACCAAUACCAGUCUUCAAAAUAUGAGGACGAUGGUAUUUAUGAAGUUCCUGAUGUGUUCCCUGAACACUACGUAGAUGCCAAAGAGCAGCAGUUUCUUGAAAGAAAUGUGUUGGAAGAAGUGCAGGAAGUGGAUGAUACGCAUUCAGAAGAAGAUGAAGGCAGCUCAGAAGACGAGGAUAACACCGUCAAUAAAGAAAAACAGACUGAAGCGAAGAAGACCAAGGUUGCGCACAUUGUUAAUGAGAUCUUGUCUUCUGAGAAAAUAUUUGUGAAAGUUCUGAAGCUCCUCCAUGUAGAUUUUCGUGACGCGGCCUCCUGUCAGGCGGGGAAACCCGUAAUCGACGAGCGAGUCUUGAACCAGAUCUUGUGUUAUUUGCCGCAGCUGUACGAGCUCAACUGUGACCUGUUGAGAGAGCUGGAGGAACGGGUUGCUCACUGGAAUGAGCAUUGCAGUGUAGCGGACAUAUUUGUGAAGAAGGGCCCGUAUCUUAAAAUGUACUCCACUUAUAUUCGUGAGUUCGACAAGAAUGUGGCCCUUCUAGAAGAGCAGUGCCGGAAAAACCCAGCGUUUGCCAAAGCCGUCCAAGAGUUUGAGAGCCAUCCAUGCUGUGCAAACCUGGCAGUGAAACAUUACAUGCUGAAACCCAUCCAGAGAAUUCCACAGUAUCAGCUUCUCCUGACCAGUUAUUUGAACAAUCUAGAUGAAGAAUCGCCAGACUACAAAGAUGCAGAAGCUGCCCUGAUGAUAGUAAAGGAGGUGGCUAAUCAUGCAAAUGAAAUCGUAAGACACGAGGAUAACUGCCAGAAGCUGUACGAGGUUCAGUGCCACCUCACUGGGCAUCACGUGAUCGUUCAGCCAGGACGGGUUUUGUUAAAGGAAGGGAUCUUGAUGAAGCUCUCCAGGAAGGGGAUGCAGCCUCGAAUGUUAUUCUUAUUAAAUGAUAGUCUUCUGUAUACCACGCCAGUAGCAACGGGUAAUUUCAAACUGAACAACAUACUGUCAUUGGCUGAGAUGGAGGUCAGUAAACCUAGUCAGGAGGGGUAUCAAAAUGAGCUAAACAUUGAGAGUGUUGAACGAUCUUUUAUUCUGUCUGCCAGCUCUGCUGCAUGUCGAGAUGAGUGGCUUCAGGCCAUUUCCACCGCAAUCGACGAUUACACCAAGAAAGAGACCACCUUCACCUCAGUCAGAAACCCUGAGAUGGCAACCCAAGAUGUUCCAGACAGCGGGGCCCAGCUGGGAUCCAAAGCCCCGAUAUGGAUCCCGGACCUGAGGGCCACUAUGUGCAUGAUCUGCACCUGUGAGUUCACCCUCACCUGGAGACGCCACCAUUGCAGAUCCUGUGGGAAGGUUGUGUGUCAGGCCUGUUCAACUAACAAACAGCCGCUGAAAUACCUGAAGAAUCACCUUGCGCGAGUUUGCGAUCUCUGCUUCUCCACUUUGCAGCAAAAUAGUUCAGGUGACCAAGUACCCAGUAAUACACCUCUGUCACCGACUGGCAAGUCGCCUGGUGCCUAUUCCUUCAGAAAGCAGAAGAAAAUACCAGCAGCCCUUAAAGAGGUUUCGGCUAACACAGACGGAUCCUCAAUGAGCGGCUACCUGGAGAGGGCGAAGGCCAACAGAAAACAGUGGAAACGGUUCUGGUUUGUCAUCAUGAACAAAGUUCUGUACACUUAUGCUGCCAGUGAGGACGUAGCAGCUUUGGAAAGUCAGCCUCUUCUGGGAUUUUCUGUCCGAACAGAGAAACCCGAAUCUUCCCUGCAUUUUAAACUUUAUCACAAAAACACUCUGUACUACAUCUUCAGAGCGAGCGACAGCCAGAUCUGUGACAGAUGGAUUGAAGCGAUCCAGGAAGCCACGGUUCUCUAACCCUCUCUUCCUCAGCCUGUGAUGGACCUUCAUACAGAAGACACGCAUUACAUUUGAUUAAAUCUAAGGCUCACCACAUUUGCAUGUGCAGUUGCUACUAUGAAGUUGUUUCAACUGUGAAAUUAAUGUUUUUAGUUAUGAAAUACUUCUCCAUAACACAUCUGAUAAUGCAUUUGCAUAAUAUACUACAAACCCUUGCUGUUAUAUUUAUGCUUUAUGGCAAAUACACUGU